GUUGAGCUUGGACAUCGCUAAUGACUGCAAUCCUCAUGCAGCGACUGGCGCUAGUGUGUGUGCAAGCGCCACACGUUUUUUGGCCUUGACAGCCUACCAUGAGUGUCUUAACGGAUUUGGACAUUGUGUCCUUGGUAUGGAAAGGGCUCCAGCGUGAUGACCAGCUCGCACAGCUGCUGGAGGACCCAACGCGGUUCGCAUUUCGACUUGUUGAGCUGAGCCCGCGAACCUUUGCCGGCGCGGCGCCAUUAGAGGAGUACUAUCGGCGGAAGCGACACAUUCUGAUGCUUUGGAUUGUGGCUCUGGACGGACAACCCGAGCCUCGCCUGGCCGCGGUGCGGAGCCUGCGUCUGGCACAAUCUGAGGGCCGGGCCGCGCCAUCAGGCGCCUCUGAAGGCGGCAAGGGCGGCAGCGGGGGCGGCGCAGCCGACCCGUCCCCCGUCCUGCAGCAGGUGGAGGAGUGGCUGAAGCGGCCGCACAGGUGGAGCGCGGCGGGGGCGGUCGCGAACGGCGGGGGCGCGGGCGGCACGGAGGCGGACGGCGGCGCAGCGGGCCUGGCACGCAGCCUAGAUACUGCGGCAAGCAGCCUGAACCAUGCGCUGGUGGUGGUGGCGGCACAGGCGGCUGAGGAGCUGUGUCGGGAGGCGCCGGGGCUGCGACUGCGACUGCGCCUCAGCGGCGUGUCGCGACCACUCAUGUCGUACCUAGACCUGGCGUCACCGCUGCUGCUGCCUGGCGGCGGCGGCGUGGAGCGGCCCAGCUCGGACGUGGUGGUGGCGGGCUGCGCGGGGGCGCUGGCAGCGCUGACGGCGCUGGCGGGGGACGACCCGGGCCGGAUGGAGCUGGCGUCACAGGGGGUGGUGCGCAGGUGUGUGCGCUGGCUGGGCGAUGCGGCUAACGGGCGGCGCCCGCGCGUGUCGUGCUGCGCGGCCCAGCUGCUGGGCGAGCUGUGUGUGCUGGACGUCCCGCGGGCGCAGCUGGCCACCAAGGACGGCAUGGAGGCUCUGCUGCACGCGCUGGACGCAGCGAGCGCCGAUGAGGCGAGCCAGGGCGCCAUUGUGCGCUGCCUGUCAGCACUGUCGGCGGGCGCCUCGCCAGCCGCCUCCGCCGCAUUCAAGGAGAGCGGCACGCUGCCGGUGCUGCUGCGGCUUCUCAGCAAUGCCGGCCCCCGCACCGAGGCCACGGGUCACGCGGCGCAGGCGCUGGCACAGCUGUCAGCGCUGCAGUUCGCCAAGGAGGAGCUGCUGCGUGUGGGCGCCGUGGCCUCGCUACUGCGCUGCCUGGCCGCCGGCCCCCAGUCGCCCGUGGCGCACGCGGCGGCGCACACGCUGGGCAACAUGUGCGGCCACGAGGCCACGGGGCGCGAGAUCCUACGCAUGCAGGGGCCCACCAGCAUGCAGGCGCUGCUGGGCCUGCUCCACGGCGGCAUGGGCCCCGCCACACCCAUGGCGCUGCGGGUGGUGGUCAACAUGGCGGCGCACCCCGCCCUGCGCCCCGGCCUCAUCAGCGCAGGCGCGCUGGACGCGCUACUGCCCUUCCUUGGCGUCAAGGCCAGUCCGCACUGGGCCUCGGGCAGCGAAGCCGGUUCGCCCCCACUCUCAGCCGGAGGCUCGCCGCGCUCACCCGCCGCAGGCGCGGCGUCGCCAGGGCUGGACGGCCCGGGGUCUGCGGGCGUGAGCGGGGGGCUGGUGGCGGGCGGCGGGUCGCUGUUGGUGGCAGGGGUGGAGGACGAGGGCGGCAGCCCGCAUGAGCUGGCGCUGCUGGCGCUGGUGCGCUGCAUGGCCAUCAGCGGCGUGGGCGGCCCCGCGGCGCAGGGCGCGCUGCUGUCGGUACCCGUGCUGCAGGUGCUGCUGGAGGCGGCGGCCGCGCCGCUGCCGCAACUGCCGUCAGCAGCGGCGGUGGGAGGGUUGGUCGGGAUGGCGGGAUCGGCGGGAAGCGGCGGCGGGGUGCGUGGGUUGCAGGUGAUGGCGCCGGCGGCGGGAGAGGGCACGUCGGGGGCGUCACUGCCGCCGUCGGUGGCGGUGGUUGUCGAGGCGACGGAGACGCUGGCUGACCUGUCCAGAGGCUCCGCGGGCGCACUGCGCAUGCUGGAGGUGCAGGCGCACCUGGUGCUGCUGCAGCGGCUGCUGGCAAUCAUCGCCGCGGCGCCCGGCGCCCAGGUGGCCUCUCUGGAUGGAUUGCCGCGGCGCCUGCUGGAUGCCUGCGUGCGCGGCAUGGCCAACGUGUCCAUGGCCGUGCCCGCCCACCCCGACCUGCGGCUGGCCCGGGUGCAUGAGGCGCUGCUGCACGUGCUGCUGGCCUUCGGAGUGGCCGUCAAGCCGGGCGUAUUGGCGCUGCAGGCGCUGUGUGCGCUGGCCACCGACUCCAACUGCGCCCGCGACCUGCUGUCUCUGGGCCUACUGCCGCCCGUGGUCAAGGCGCUGGAAGGACUGGCGGCCGCACAGCACCUGAGGCGGGGCAGCGUGCCCGCCUCGUCGGCAGCGACACCCGGCGCGCCCGGAGGCCCUGCAGACCCGGCGGUGGCUGCCGCGGGGGCGCGGGGCGGCGGGGCGCUGGGAGUUGGGCCGGUGGACGGCUCGGCGACUGCGUUUGCGGCGACUGCGGCGACGGGUCGGAUCCUGGGCGGGGGCUGGCACUCGCCGGCUGUGGAGUUGGAGGUGGCACACCUGCUGGGGCUGCUGCUGCAGAACAUCUCCGCCCACAAGGCGCUGGCCAGUCGGGCAGUGGAGGGAGGCGCCGUCAAGGCCAUUUGCGAGUGGCUGGGCGCGUGUGCGGUCAACGGCGACGUGGAGGGCGCUGUGCUGUGCUGCGCCACGCUGUGCCUGCUGGGCGACGGCGACCAGGCGGCCCUGGCGGACGUGGUGCGGUACGACGGCAUUGACCUGCUGGUGGACAUGCUGCACCCCAGGUGGGCCACGGCCGCGCUGGUGCCGUCCACGGUGGCCUCCGCUGUGGCGGUGGCGUGCCGCUGGGGUGCCUCCGCCCAGGCCUUCCGCAUGCGCGGCGGCAUCCCCGGGCUGGCAGACAUGCUGCUGGGCGCGCACGGGCUGGCCUGCUGCCGGCCGGUGGUGAACGCAAUCCGGGCGCUGGUGGCAAACGACCCGCCGUCCCUGCGCGAGAUCAGGACCACCAACACGGUGAUUGCGCUGGGCACUCAGCUGCAGCUGCUUCCCAACAACGACCCGCGCUCCGGCCUCAUUCGCGACCUGCUGCGGCUGCUGGGCGAGGACCCCGACACAGCCAUGCGCCUGUCCAACACAAAGAACACAUCCGCACUAGCCUCCGCACACGCGCUGUCGCGCUGCGAUUCCAUGGACGGUGGCGGGCCCGGCAGCGCCGCCCCGGGAGGUGGCGGCAGCGGCGCGGCUGGCGCCAGUGGCGCUAGCGCUGCUGGGAGCCACCAUCAUCACCACCGGCACCAUCACCAUCACGGGCAUCACCACCACCAUGGCAGCGCCGGCGGUGGGGGCCCGCCCAUGCGGGUGAGUGGCAGUGGCGCCAGCGGCUACAGCAGUGGUGGCGGCGGCCGCAAGCAUCGCAGCCCGCACCAUCACUCGCAUCCUAACCAGCCGCACGGUUCGCUGACCCCCGGUCUGGGGGCUGCCGUCGCCGGCUUCACCAGCGACAGCAGCGGCGGCGCUGGCCGCAUGCAGCGGCGGCGCACGUCACAAUCGCUGGGGCUGGGUGAUGGCGGCGGCAGUGGUGACUGGUCGCCACUAAGCACGCUGGGCCCUGCGGUCGGCGGCAUGCUGUCCCUCGCGGAUAUGCUGGGCGACACCAGCUACAAGUCAUUGCGGCGGGCCAGCCUGAAGCAGCUGGCCAAGCGACUGGACGGUGACGACUUCAGUGACGCGGAGGACGACGUGGAGGACUACAUCGCCGGUCUGGAGAAUGACCCGUCGUCCUCAGGGGAGCAGGGGCCUGCAGCAGCUGGCCAAGCUGACGCGGCCGCCUCACUGCCGCCGGACCUAGGCCUGCAGCAGGAGCCGGCGAGCCAGCCGCAGUCGCAGUCAGCGGCAUCAGAACCGGGAAAUGGAGGCGAUGUGGGAGCAGGCAACAGCGCAGGGGCCGGGCCCAGCACUGCGGCGGCAGCGUCUGUGCCGGCAGCCCCAAGCCCCUUCACCACGAAUGCCGCCUCGCCCGCGCCCUCGCCGACACCGGGUGCUGCAUCGCGACCAGCACAGUCCCCAUCCACACCAUCCCGACCACCAGCACCUGCAUCGCACCAGCCGAUGUCGCUACCGCCGCCUCAGACACUGGCGCUGACAAAGGCCGCGGCGGCAGGACUUGGAGCAGGAGGAGCUACCUCGGGUUCGGUAGCCGGCACCUCGGCCUCAGAGGAGGACGCUGUCGACGUGGCAUCGCUGUCAGAAGCGACUUUCAUCAAGGCGCCGCCCCCUGUGGCUCCGCCCGUUCCCACCGCGCCGCACUCCUCCCCGGUCCAACUGGCGCCGCCUCUCGCUGCCACGGCAGGCUCACAGCCGCAGCCCCAGCCCUCACUGCGGCUGCAGGCUCCGGCACCCUCGCCGACACUGGACGCAGCUGCGGCCGAGUACGCGGCGGCGAUGCGGCAGCAGCAUGCGGCGUUGGAGGGACAGAUCACGGAGCUGCGGCAGCAGCUGGAGGCGCAGCAGCGGGCCAUGGCCGAACAGCAGCUAUUGCAACAGCAGCAACCGAUUCCAAUGCAACAGCAGCAACAGAACUCCGCGGCGGUCCUCGUACAGGCACCGCUUCAGACCGGGAACACAGCUGCCGACGAGCAUGCGGCUGCGCUGCGGUGGGAGCAGGAGCAGCGCCGGCAGGCGGAGGAGCGCUGGCAGCAGGAGCGGUUGUGGGAGCAGGAGCAAGAGCAAGAGAUGCAGCAUAACGCCCAGCAGCAGCAGCAGCAGCAGCAGCAGCGGCGCAACCCCGUCUUCAGCACGCUGGCCGCGGUGAACCCACUGCGGCUGUUCCGGCGGGGCCCGAAGCAGCAGCAGCCGGUGCCAGUCCCUACCCCAAAUGCGGCAGCAUCGGCAUCACAGGAGCAGCCGGGUGGUUCGUCCCGUCAGUCGUUCCAGUUGGAUGGCGACGAAAUUGUAUUCUGGGAGUCCCGGCAGUCCUGAGGCGGGCGGCAGUGCCGCAGCUGCUCACGAGGAGCCAGCGCACAGUGCUGACGGUCUGCAACACUGCAUCAUGGAGUGGCAUGUAGCGGGGCAACCAAGCACCGGCCAACGUGCAUGAGUGGGAAUGUGAACCUUGUAGCGAAGCACAUUGGCAAGUAAGCGGUGUGCGCGCGUGCGUGCAUAAGCAAAGCACUACAGCGGCAAUGUAAGUAUAUAUGUUGCUCAAGGGCUGAUAUGGUUGGAAUGGCUGGGGAAAGAUAGUAACCUUGCAACUUCAUCUUGGCGUGCGCAUUGGCGAACCUGAUUUUGUUUGUUACCAUGCCUUGAUCGUCGUGUGUGCUACGGACGUCAUAUGGAAGGGCGGAUAGAAGAUGCCGAUAUAACCCAAAGGACACAUACGGACUUGCGGACGGGAAACCGUCUGCAGGUGCUGCCUGCCAAAUGCUAUGAUGGUGUGAAUGUCAAGCAUAAGGGCAAAGUUGACCGAAUACGGUACAUUGGGUUGGUUGUGGGAGAGCACACGGUGUACGGCUUAAUAUGAGCUGCAAAGUUAUUAACCGUCCAUGCUUGCUGUACUGGUGGUCUAGCCGGUACGGCUUGGGGCAUUUGUGCGGGAGUCUGGGAGGCAACGAGGAAACCCGCGGAACUGACUGUCAAGAGCGUAACCACCAAACAGUCAAAGGCACACUGGAUGCAGUUUCAAAUACUGUAAUAUGUGCCUGCA